GUUCAGAGGGCGAUGAUUGUAUUUGCUUAUGACAUCGUUAAACAGUUUAUUUUGAAGAUAUUCAGAUCGAGGGACGAUAAUCAUCUAGGAUGUAGAUUUGACCAAUGGUUUCAGAGUAAUGUUAACUGCGUCUGGUUAUUCCUUGAAAUGUGACUCAACAUGUUGCUAUGGCGACGAAGACAUCGCUGAACUGCUGCUUUCCAAUGGAGCAAAUGUAAAUUUCAAAAACGCAUGGAAUGCUACCCCACUUUUUGGAGCUGUGGACAACAACAAAUUAAAUACAGUCAGGUUGCUGAUCAAGUACGGAGCAAUGUUAAAUCUCCAGAACGACAAUGGGGACACUGUACUUCACAUAGCCGCCUAUAGAGGAUUCUGCGAUAUAGUCCGACUUUUACUGAGACACGGAGCGCCAUCUACAGUUCGGAACAACUGUGGAAAGAAUUGUCUGAAUGAAGCAGAAAGUAGAGGGCAUGUAGAAAUCGCCAAAAUUCUAAGACAUUACACUGAAAAUAUAGGACAAACAUCUCAUGAUGGACCUCAAAUGCAGACAACAUCUCGACAACAAAACCAUAGGAAACUAAAUGUACUACCACAAACACGGGAUGCACCAAAUUUGCGAACAACGAGUUCGCUUUUACAGACUAGACAUCCACGUAAUGUGGUUCGGGAAGAAAUGACUUCUCUGGAGACAAAUCAUUGCGAAUUUGGGACGCAUAUAAAACGAGACAUAGACUCAAACCACUGUUCACGCUAUUCACCUGUGCAAUUAGAAGAGUCACCCAGACAUAAAUGGACACAUUCUGCGAACGCUGACGAAGAGUACAGCGGAUUCAGAACAUUGGAAAAUUCAAAUUGGAACAUUCCACCUCAAACAUCGACUUCAUUGCGUCCUCAUAUUGACAAUGCACCGAUAGAUAGCAAUUUUAACUCCAUUUCUAGUAGCGAAAAGAACGCUUUCUAUAGUAAUAAAGACAUAUUUGGAUAAUCAACUUUACAUAACUACAUGUAUCAUAAAGGAUACAUGUCUUAAGAGUAAUUUUGAGAAGAGUCUUAUUUGUGAAAAUAAUUUUAUAUAAUUCUUACAGUAAUAAGCCAAAGGAGGUGUAAAAGGGAGAUGGCCACUGGUAUUACAACAACACGUACUCCUUUAAUUGUUUAUAA